CAGGGAAGAUGACAUUUCGGCUCCUCUGAGCCAGCAGCGCCCAUGGGGAGGAGAGUCAUGGAGCUGGAGUACGAGCUGCCCAACGCCACCGCCUUCUGGUUCUCCCCGGCGUCCCCCUUCGACAACUUCUCCCUGGAGGCUCCCACCAACACCUCCCAGAACGCCACGGGCCAGCACUUCGACCUGACCAGCAAUGCCAUCCUCACCUUCAUCUACUUCGUGGUCUGCAUCAUCGGGCUGUGCGGCAACACGCUCGUCAUCUACGUCAUCCUCCGCUAUGCCAAGAUGAAAACCAUCACCAACAUCUACAUCCUCAACCUGGCCAUCGCAGAUGAGCUCUUCAUGCUCGGGCUGCCCUUCCUGGCCAUGCAGGUGGCCCUGGUGCAUUGGCCCUUCGGCAAAGCCCUCUGCAGGAUUGUCAUGACGGUGGAUGGCAUCAACCAGUUCACCAGCAUCUUCUGCCUGACGGUCAUGAGCGUGGACCGGUACCUGGCUGUGGUCCAUCCCAUCAAAUCUGCCAAGUGGAGGCGGCCCAGGACAGCCAAAAUGAUCAACGUGGCCGUUUGGGGCGUCUCCCUGCUGGUGAUCAUGCCCAUCAUGAUUUAUGCUGGGGUGCAGCACAACCACGGCAGGAGUAGCUGCACCAUCAUCUGGCCGGGAGAGUCGGGCGCCUGGUACACGGGGUUCAUCAUCUACGCCUUCAUCCUGGGCUUCCUGGUGCCUCUCACCAUCAUCUGCCUUUGCUACCUGUUCAUCAUCAUCAAAGUCAAGUCCUCGGGCAUCAGGGUGGGCUCGUCCAAGAGGAAAAAAUCCGAGAAGAAAGUCACCAGGAUGGUGUCCAUCGUGGUCGCCGUCUUCAUCUUCUGCUGGCUCCCCUUCUACAUCUUCAACGUCUCCUCCGUGUCCGUCAUGAUCGUGCCCACGCCCGUGCUCAAGGGCAUGUUCGACUUCGUGGUGGUGCUCAGCUACGCCAACAGCUGUGCCAACCCCAUCCUCUACGCCUUCCUGUCCGACAACUUCAAGAAGAGCUUUCAGAACGUGCUGUGCCUGGUGAAGGUCAGCGGCAUGGACGAGGCCGACCGCAGCGACAGCAAGCAGGACAAGUCCCGGCUCAACGAGACCACGGAGACGCAGAGGACCCUGCUCAACGGUGACCUGCAGACGAGCAUCUGAGGGGACAGCGGGGUCUGUCCUGCCUGUGCCCCUCCUCUCACGGGGUCAGGCAGGAAUGUCACCUGAGGGGACGGCUGUGAGCACCCCGUGGCCUCGGGGGUCCUUGCCGGGCUCCUCUCGGCUGGGUUGGCUUUCAAGCGCUGGGAAGGAUACGGGUCAGGAGGAGCCGCCUCGCCAGGAAAACAAAGACAGCUCACGGCGACGCGGCGCAUUUCGGCACCGAAGUGCCACCGUUGGCACAGGGACGGCCGGGUUGGCUCUGCUGGGUCCCCCGUGCCACCCUCGGGGCCGGCUGGCUUUGGGGCUGUGCCCCACAGCGCGUGGGUGCACCUGGACGCACAGGGGGACCUCAGGAGGAGCCACAGGUGUGUGACACCACGGGGGACGCGCCGGCCUGGUGCGAGGAGACCGGGAUCUUUGGGAUCGCAUUUUCCCUGGGUUAUUCCUUACCCCGUGCUGUGUGACGGUCGCAGCCGCCCUGCCCGGAGGGGACACGGCCAGCACGGGGGGUGACAUC